AUGAGCAGGUAUGACAAUGGAGCUCAAGAGUUGAAGAGUUGCACGCAAGAGAAGGAGGAUGAGGAGGAGGAGGAGGUCAUGGAGGAGGGAGCAGUUUCUACUGGGCCAGUUGGUCUCGGCAUCCCGUGUGAGCAGCCUGUAGUGGUUCCAGACGAUGCAGCGGUCCCGGUGGAGGUGCAGCAGGGAGAGUGGCCUUCAGCAGCAGUGGAGGCGCCAUCUGUCAUGCAGCUGGUUGGACAGGUUCCAGGAACUAGUGCCGGAGGCAAUGCGGGACACAGAGAUCAUGCCGGAAGCCCUGUGGCAGCUUGGCGCAUAGCUGCACUGCAGGCCAUCGAUGCCUCCUUGGCGCCCAGUACCAGGGUUAGUUAUCGGGCGAAGGUUGGGGCGUUCGCGGCAUUCAGGAGAAGAGAGGGCCUUGUGGAAGCAUGGCCUGUGCCUGUGGAACAUGUCAUGCAGUUCCUGGUGUCUCUUUCUGGGGCAGGUGCUGGCUGGGCGGCGGCUCCAGUAAGUGUGCUCCUGUGCGGCCAUUCCUUGGUUUUUUGGGCAUACAAGAGGGCCAGCGCCUCACAUUUUGGGACCCAACUCGGCCAUACAGUCCAACGGUGUUUUCCUCCUUAA